UUUAAAAAAAAAAUCUAAAAAAUUUAAGAAAAAAAAAAAAAAAAAACGCCCUUCUCUAUAUAUUAGGAAAUAUGAAACACACAACAGCCAAAAAGAAGAAACACGUUACAGUUAAACUUACUAAGUCGAAACUAAAGGAUAUUUACUGCAUUUGACCUGCCUUAGUAAAGGGAGCAACAACCGAACCGAACAGAUUAAAUAGUGGUUUAAAGGAAAAUAGAAAGCAAAAUUUAAGAAGAAUUCAACUUUAUAGCUUAGCAAAGGAUGAACGAAACAAUAAUAACAAUAUCAACAGCAACAGCAACCGCAACAGCAGCAGCAACAACAACAACAAUAAAAUUAAAGUGCUGGUGCUCGUUUAACUACUUUGCCUUUGGAUCCUUUCAAAUAUAAAUCUGUGCUUUAUUGCUGGCCUCUGGGGCGUACGACACACUGAUGUAUGUUAUUAUAUUGUAUAUGAAAAGCGCCGUUAACUCGAAGGGCUAAGAGAAAAUAAGACGAAGCAAUCUAAGAGCCCUACCCCACUCGCACUCCUCUCUUACAGUCAGGCAUUGAACUUUGCAUUGCAACUGGUAUCAAAAACAGUAGCCGAUCUUUAUCCAGACUUAAAGGCAAGCUUAGCUAAGCCUAUCAGUUACUUAUCAACAGCUAUACAAUGGCAUAGGCAUAUAUUCAGUUCGCCUUUGCUAUUUAAACAAAAUUCAAGCGUCAAUUUCAUAAAAAGAAAAAAGGUCUCCUCUUAACUCUUUAAGAACAGAAAUCCAACGACAGACAAAAAAAAAAAAAAAAAAGGAAAAAAUAAAAAAAAAAAAAAUUUUUAUUUUCGUUUGUGGUUUGGGGAAAAAAAAAAAAAAAAAAAAACAAUUAUUAUAACGAAUAUGUGCUCACUAACGUGACAGAAAUUUGCGAAUAGUUAGUUAGUCAUGCCAUUAAAGGAAGAAAUUUUUUAUAAAAUAUUGUGUUGGUUUGCAGUGCGUGCGCCUGUAUGGUCCUUCUAAUUUUGCCUUUUCCGUUAUAAAAUCUAAAUCUAAUAAAUAAGAGUGAGAGACAGCAACAAAUUUUUCAAAUAUCUCUUCGGCUGUCUCUCUUUUCGUUCUUGUACGUGCAAAUAUAUAUUACUUGUAUAAAAUAUAAAAUAUUUCUCAAGUGCGGUAUACCGCUUUAAAAAGCCGUCAAAAUUAAGUUCUCAAAGCAAAAUCAUCAUCCGGCAUACCGUCACGCUGAGAACAUCUACGACGGUGGCACCGAUACUGACGACGACGAAUGUCCCUUGGAAUCGUCGACGACCAUGAAUCCGUACGAAUAUGAGACCACACUCGAUUGUCGCGAUGAUACGCGAACAAUUGGCGGUGGCGGUGGUGGCGGUGUUAUGAUCGGUGGCAUUAGUGGGCCUAUAACACCACGCCAUCCACACGGGUCACAGCAAAAUACACUUCACCAUCAAAAUCAACAGAAUUUUCAAUUGCAGCAACAGCCGCAACAGCAGCAGCAGCAGCAACAACAACAACAGCAACAGCAACAACAACAACAGCAGCAAGAUGCACAAUCAUCGACAUAUUAUGACUACGAAUAUCAACAUUUGCCACAUCGUGCUAGCGAUUUGAAUCCGACAGCACCAACAGCAACACCAUCAGCCGCCUCAACAGCAGCCCGCACACAUGGCAGACAAGGCUUCCUUCUCGAAGGAGUUACGCCAACUGCACCACCGGAUGUACCACCUAGAAAUCCAACAAUGAAUCGUAUGAAUAAUGGUCGUCUAGUGGCGGCAAAUCCAAAUGAUUUGGGUGUGGAUUUUGAGCCCUCUUGUUUGGUGCGUACACCAUCAGGCAACGUAUACAUUCCCAGCGAUAAUUUAAAUAUCAAUAAAGGUUCACCCAUCGAUUAUAAAAGCGGUUCGGCUUGCUCAACACCUACCAAGGAUACUCUUAAAGGCUACGAACGUUCCACGAAUAAUUGUAUGGGUCCUGUGCUUCCACCGCGCAGUGUUAUGAGCGGCAUACCUACGCAUCAUUAUUCGGCACCUAUGAACUUUCGUAAGGAUCUUGCCGCCCGUUGUUCGGCCAAAUGUGUAGCAAUUGUCUCGGUGACGAUUUUUGUGGCCAUGUGCGUUUUAUUAAUAUUUUUAACAGGCUUUGGUGUCCUGCAUUGGUCUCCCUCUGCCCCCUGUACAGUUCUAGUCGGCAAUGAGGCCUCUGAGGUGACAGCGGCCAAAAGCACCAAUACUGACCUCUCCAAGUUGCAUAAUUACGCGCCACGCUCAAAAACCGGACAAACUACGACUUUAGUGACAACCGUAAGCUCAUCGUUGCCCUCAUCAUCUUCAGCCUCGGCGGCAGCGUCGUCAUCCUCGUCGGCCUUCCAGUCCACUUCAGCCUCCUCGGUUGCGGUUGGAGCAGCGGCAGCGACAUCAUCGGCUACAUCGUCAUUGUCAUCAUCACUGGCAAAUGCCAAUAAUCCAGGAGCUCGUACGUUUCCGGCUCGUAGUUUUCCGCCAGAUGGCACUACAUUCGGGCAAAUAACUUUGGGUCAAAAGCUCACUAAGGAAAUUCAACCGUACAGUUAUUGGAAUAUGCAAUUUUAUCAAUCAGAACCGGCUUAUGUGAAAUUUGAUUACACCAUACCGCGAGGUGCUUCGAUCGGCGUCUACGGUCGGCGUAAUGCAUUGCCUACGCACACUCAAUACCAUUUCAAAGAGGUUCUAAGCGGUUUCAGUGCCAGUACUCGUACUACGCGAGCUGCUCACUUAUCGAUAACACGUGAAGUUACCCGUUAUAUGGAACCAGGACAUUGGUUUGUCUCCUUAUAUAAUGAUGAUGGUGAUGUUCAAGAGGUUACUUUUUAUGCGGCCAUUGCCGAGGAUAUGACACAAAAUUGUCCGAAUGGUUGUUCGGGUAACGGCCAAUGCUUGCUCGGUCAUUGCCAAUGUAAUCCUGGCUUUGGCGGCGAUGAUUGCAGUGAAAGUGUUUGCCCGGUUUUGUGCUCCCAGCAUGGCGAAUACAAUAACGGUGAAUGUAUAUGUAAUCCGGGCUGGAAGGGCAAAGAAUGUUCGUUGCGACAUGACGAAUGCGAAGUAGCCGAUUGUAAAGGUCACGGCCAUUGUGUGAGUGGCAAAUGUCAAUGUAUGCGCGGUUAUAAAGGCAAAUUCUGCGAAGAAGUGGAUUGUCCUCAUCCCACAUGCUCGAGUCAUGGCUUCUGUGCUGACGGCACUUGCAUAUGUAAAAAGGGUUGGAAAGGUCCCGAUUGCGCGAUCAUGGACCAAGACGCUUUACAAUGUUUACCCGAUUGCUCCGGUCAUGGUACUUUCGAUUUAGAUUCACAAACUUGCACCUGUGAGUCUAAAUGGAGUGGCGAUGACUGCUCUAAAGAGUUAUGCGAUUUGGAUUGUGGCCAACACGGUCGCUGCAUAGGCGAUGCAUGUACCUGCGAUGACAGUUGGGGAGGAGAAUAUUGCAAUACGAAAUUAUGCGAUUUGCGUUGCAAUGAGCAUGGCCAAUGCAAGAACGGAACUUGCCUUUGUGUGACCGGAUGGAAUGGUAAACAUUGUACCAUCGAAGGAUGCCCUAACAGUUGCUCGAAUCACGGCCAAUGUCGGGUCAGUGGCGAAGGCCAAUGGGAAUGCCGAUGUUAUGAAGGCUGGGAUGGUCCAGAUUGUGGUAUAGCCUUAGAAUUAAAUUGCGGCGAUAGCAAAGACAACGACAAAGACGGUUUGGUAGAUUGCGAAGACCCCGAAUGCUGUGCCAGUCAUGUUUGUAAGACGUCACAAUUGUGCGUUUCUGCCCCUAAGCCAAUCGACGUUCUGUUACGUAAACAGCCGCCUGCCAUUACUGCCUCGUUCUUUGAACGAAUGAAAUUUUUGAUCGACGAGAGCAGCUUACAAAACUACGCUAAGUUGGAAACGUUUAAUGAAAGCAUUUUUUGGAAUUAUUUCAAUGCAAGUCGUUCGGCUGUUAUUCGAGGACGUGUAGUCACCUCACUCGGUAUGGGUUUGGUGGGAGUGCGUGUCUCCACUACUACUCUGUUAGAAGGUUUCACUUUAACUCGAGAUGACGGUUGGUUUGAUCUAAUGGUCAACGGAGGUGGAGCUGUUACUUUGCAGUUUGGUCGGUCUCCUUUCCGACCUCAAUCGCGCAUAGUACAAGUUCCUUGGAAUGAAGUUAUUAUUAUCGAUAUGGUGGUCAUGUCUAUGUCAGAAGAGAAAAGUUUGCCGCCCUCCACACACACUUGUUUUUCUCAUGAUUAUGAUCUGAUGAAACCGGUGGUUUUAGCUUCGUGGAAGCACGGCUUUCAAGGAGCCUGUCCCGACCGCAGUGCCAUUUUGGCAGAAUCUCAAGUUAUUCAAGAAUCGUUACAAAUACCAGGCACCGGACUCAACUUAGUAUAUCAUUCAUCUCGUGCCGCUGGUUAUUUGUCUACCAUAAAGCUUCAGCUAACGCCAGAAAUCAUUCCCAGUUCCCUGCAUCUUAUUCAUUUACGCAUUACCAUAGAAGGUAUACUGUUCGAGCGGAUAUUCGAAGCUGAUCCUGGCAUUAAGUUUACAUAUGCAUGGAAUCGUUUAAAUAUCUACCGUCAGAGAGUUUACGGCGUCACAACGGCCGUAGUGAAAGUCGGUUAUCAAUAUACCGACUGCAAAGAUAUUAUUUGGGACAUACAAACCACCAAAUUAUCAGGUCAUGAUAUGUCUAUAUCAGAGGUCGGAGGAUGGAAUUUAGAUAUACAUCAUCGUUAUAAUUUUCAUGAAGGCAUUCUGCAAAAGGGAGAUGGUUCCAACAUCUACUUAAAAAAUAAACCCCGUGUUAUUCUCACCACAAUGGGUGAUGGCCAUCAAAGGCCUUUAGAGUGCAUGGACUGUGAAGGUUUAGCUCUGAAGCAACGGCUUUUAGCGCCAGUAGCGUUAGCUGCCUCUCCUGAUGGCAGCCUUUACGUUGGGGAUUUUAAUUAUAUUAGGCGCAUUAUGACCGACGGUACUGUACGCACAGUAGUCAAGUUAAAUGCCACCCGUGUUUCAUAUCGCUACCAUAUGGCUUUAAGUCCUUUAGAUGGUACGUUAUAUAUUUCCGAUCCUGAAUCACAUCAAAUCAUACGUGUUCGGGAUACAAAUGAUUUUACACAACCCGAAAGAAAUUGGGAACCCACUGUCGGAUCAGGAGAACGGUGUUUACCUGGUGAUGAGGCACAUUGUGGUGAUGGGGCAUUGGCCAAAGAUGCUAAAUUAGCUUAUCCCAAAGGCAUAGCUAUUUCUAGUGACAAUAUCCUCUAUUUUGCUGAUGGCACAAAUAUUCGUAUGGUUGACCGUGACGGCAUUGUUAGCACUUUAAUUGGUAAUCACAUGCACAAAUCACACUGGAAACCUAUACCCUGCGAAGGAACGCUUAAGUUGGAAGAAAUGCAUUUAAGGUGGCCUACAGAACUGGCUGUCAGCCCGCUUGACAAUACCCUUCAUAUCAUUGAUGAUCACAUGAUUUUACGCAUGACACCCGAUGGUAGAGUGCGUGUGAUAUCCGGGCGCCCUUUGCACUGUGCUACCACCUCUUCAGUUUAUGACACUGAUUUAGCUACUCAUGCCACACUGGUUAUGCCUCAAUCAAUUGCUUUUGGACCCUUAGGGGAAUUAUAUGUUGCGGAAAGUGAUUCGCAGCGCAUCAAUCGUGUAAGAGUUAUUGGAACUAAUGGCCGCAUUUCACCAUUUGCUGGAGCUGAAUCGAAAUGUAAUUGCUUAGAGCGUGGUUGCGAUUGUUUCGAAGCUGAUCAUUAUUUAGCCACCAGUGCCAAAUUUAAUACCAUCGCGGCUUUAGCUGUCACUCCCGACGGUCAUGUUCAUAUAGCCGAUCAAGCUAACUAUCGCAUACGUUCAGUCAUGUCCAGCAUUCCCGAAGCAAGUUCAUCGCGCGAGUACGAAAUCUAUGCUCCUGAUAUGCAAGAGAUUUACAUCUUCAAUCGGUUCGGUCAACAUGUCAUGACUAAAAAUAUUCUUACAGGUGAAACCACUUACGUCUUCACCUACAAUGUCAACACUUCAAAUGGCAAAUUAAGCACAGUAACUGAUGCAGCUGGCAACAAAGUCUUCCUUUUGCGUGAUUACACCUCGCAAGUGAAUUCCAUAGAAAAUACUAAAGGCCAGAAAUGUCGUUUGCGUAUGACUCGGAUGAAAAUGUUGCACGAACUCAAUACGCCCGACAAUUAUAACGUAACUUUUGAAUACCAUGGACCUACGGGUCUUCUGAAAACCAAAUUAGAUUCCACUGGUCGUUCUUACGUGUACAACUAUGACGAGUUUGGCCGUUUAACAUCGGCCGUUACACCGACAGGUCGUGUAAUCGAUUUGGCUUUCGAUUUGAGCGUUAAAGGUGCACAAGUGAAAGUAUCCGAAAAUGCUCAAAAAGAAAUUUCUAUGCUGAUUCAAGGUUCCUCAGUUGUCGUGCGUAACGGAGAAGCCGAAUCUAAAACUAUGGUUGAAAUGGACGGUUCCACCACCAGUAUUACCGCCUGGGGGCAUAUGCUCCAAAUGGAGGUAGUACCCUAUCCAGUCCUCGCUGAAAUCAGUCCAAUUAUUGGCGAAAGUUACCCGGUCCCGGCUAAACAGCGCACUGAAAUUGCCGGUGAUUUGGCUAAUCGUUUCGAAUGGCGAUAUUUUGUACGUCGCCUACAACAAGGCAAACAGAACAAAGGACCACGCCCUUUCACACAAGUGGGCCGUAAAUUACGCGUAAAUGGUGAUAAUGUUUUGACUUUGGAAUAUGACCGCGAUACACAGUCUAUAGUUGUAAUGGUCGAUGACAAACAAGAAUUGCUUAACGUUACUUACGAUCGCACUUCUCGGCCCGUGAGUUUCCGGCCACAGUCCGGAGACUAUGCUGAUGUAGAUUUGGAAUAUGACCGGUUCGGCCGCUUAGUAACUUGGAAGUGGGGUAAUCUUCAGGAAGCUUACACCUUUGAUCGCAAUGGUCGUCUAAAUGAAAUCAAAUAUGGCGAUGGAUCAUCUAUGGUUUAUGCUUUUAAAGACAUGUUCGGUUCUCUACCUUUGAAAGUGACAACACCACGACGCUCAGAUUAUCUAUUACAAUAUGAUGAUGCAGGUGCUUUGCAAAGCCUUACCACACCCAGAGGUCACAUACAUUCGUUUUCUGUGCAAACCUCACUAGGAUUCUUUAAGUAUCAGUAUUUUUCUCCCAUCAAUCGGCAUCCUUUCGAGAUCCUAUACAAUGACGAGGGGCAGAUCUUAGCGAAAAUACAUCCGCAUCAAUCGGGUAAAGUCGCUUUCGUUCAUGAUAAUGCUGGACGUUUGGAAACAAUAUUAGCAGGACUCUCUAGCACGCAUUACACGUAUCAAGAUACUACAAGCUUAGUAAAAUCCGUCGACGUUCAAGAGCCUGGUUUCGAAUUAAGACGAGAGUUCAAAUAUCAUGCGGGCAUCUUAAAAGACGAAAAACUUCGCUUCGGCUCGAAAAAUUCCUUGGCCUCAGCUCAUUAUAAGUACGCCUACGACGGUAACGCCCGUUUGACAGGUGUUGAAAUGACAAUUGAUGAUAAAGAAAUGCCUACGACACGUUACAAAUACAGUCAGAAUCUAGGCCAAUUGGAGGUGGUCCAAGACUUAAAAAUAACACGUAACGCAUUCAACCGCACCGUGAUACAAGACUCUUCCAAACAGUUUUUUACAAUCAUCGAUUACGAUCAGCAUGGCCGUGUGAAAAGUGUGUUAAUGAAUAUUAAAAGUUUUGAUGUAUUUCGUUUGGAAUUGGACUAUGAUUUACGUAAUCGGAUUAAAUCACAAAAGACCACUUUUGGUCGUUCCACGGCUUUCGAUAAGAUCAACUACAAUGCUGAUGGUCAUGUAAUCGAAGUAUUAGGCACAAAUAAUUGGAAGUACUUGUAUGAUGAAAAUGGUAACGCGGUAAGCGUAGUAGAUCAAGGAGAAAAAAUCAAUUUAGGUUACGAUAUCGGUGAUCGUGUAAUUAAAGUGGGUGAUAUCGAAUUCAAUAAUUAUGACGCUCGAGGGUUUGUGGUCAGACGCGGUGAGCAGAAAUAUCGAUAUAACAAUCGGGGCCAGUUGAUACACGCAUUUGAACGUGAGCGCUUCCAGACUUGGUAUUAUUAUGAUGACCGUAGCCGUUUGAUGGCAUGGCAUGACAGCAAAGGCAACGUUACGCAAUAUUAUUACGCCAAUCCGAGAACACCUGCUCUUUUAACACAUAUGCAUUAUCCCAAAACGGGGAAAACAGUGAGAUUUUUCUACGACGAUCGUGAUAUGCUGAUAGCCAUUGAGACCAGCGAGCAAAGGUAUUAUGUAGCUACAGAUCAGAAUGGUUCGCCAUUAGCGUUUUUCGAUUUAAAUGGCAGUAUUAUUAAGGAAAUUAAACGUACUCCAUUUGGGCGCAUAAUCAAAGAUACGAAUCCUGACUUCUUUGUACCAGUAGACUUUCAUGGUGGUAUGCUAGAUCCUCUAACCAAAUUGGUGUAUAUUGAUGGCCGACAAUAUGAUUCAACAGUGGGUCAAUGGAUGACACCCAUGUGGGAAACAUUGGCCACUGAAAUGUCAAAUCCCACAGAUGUAUUUAUAUAUCGUUAUAACAACAAUGAUCCCGUCAAUCCCAGCAAACAACCGAAUUACAUGAUUGAAUUGGAAUCAUGGUUGCAACUCUUCGGGUAUGACCUGAAUAAUAUGCAAAGUUCAAAGUACACCAAGACGAUACAAUAUAAUCCACAAGCAUCCAUUAAAUCCCAUACUUUGGCUCCAGAUUUCGGUGUUAUAUCGGGCCUAGAAUGUAUCGUAGAAAAAACGAAUCAAAAGUUUAGCGAUUUUGAUUUCGUUCCCAAGCCAUUGUUGAAAAUGGAACCGAAAAUGCGCAAUCUCUUACCUCGGGUAAGUUACCGAAGAGGUGUAUUCGGCGAGGGAGUAUUACUAUCACGCAUCGGUGGCCGGGCCUUGGUGAGUGUCGUGGACGGCUCAAAUAGCGUGGUGCAGGACGUAGUUUCUUCAGUAUUUAACAACUCUUACUUUUUGGAUGUGCACUUUAGCAUACACGAUCAAGAUGUGUUUUACUUUGUGAAAGACAAUGUUUUAAAAUUAAGAGAUGAUAAUGAAGAGUUGCGACGCUUAGGCGGAAUGUUUAACAUAUCAACGCAUGAAAUAACUGAUCAUGGUGGUAGCGCAGCAAAAGAAUUAAGAUUGCAUGGACCCGAUGCAGUAGUUACGAUUAAAUAUGGAGUAGAUCCCGAACAGGAGAGACAUCGCAUUCUAAAGCAUGCUCAUAAACGGGCUGUGGAGAGAGCUUGGGAAUUGGAGAAGCAACUAGUGGCGGCCGGUUUUCAGGGUCGAGGAGAUUGGACGGAGGAAGAGAAAGAAGAACUAGUAUCUCAUGGCGAUGUUGACGGUUGGGUUGGCGUCGAUAUACACAGUAUUUACAAAUAUCCGCAAUUAGCCGACGAUCCAGGUAACGUAGCCUUCCAAAGGGAUGCGAAACGUAAACGAAGAAAGACCGGCAACCAACAUCGGCAACAGGGCAAACGGCGCCAACAGCGAUUAAAAGACAUGUCAACGUGAGUUUCACAAAAUGAGUUCUAUAGUAGCGAUUACCAACAAUACUACAACGAUAUCAGCGACUACUACUACUUGUACAGUGCGAAUGAACCCGAAUCCGAACCGCUGUACGACGCCGAAGACGAAGAGGAAAAUGAAAAUGAAAAUGAAAAUUUCGAUAGCGAACUAUUUUUUGAAAAUAAAGCGAAAGACUUUGACAGCAACUCAACCGAAGAUGACUUGUAUUAUUAAAAUUUAUAUAUGGCUCUCCUCCUCUCUCUCUUUACUUAAGACAUCAAAAUAAAUAUACAAAUCAAGAAGAACAAAGAAAAUUAAUUAAAUCAACAAAUAAACGAAAAAAUUUUUUGUGUCCCAAAAUCCGAAUAACAACAAAAAAAAAGCAAAGAACGGCUAGUUUGUCUUACAUUACAAAUACGCCAUAGUUUUUCACCUUACCAGCCCGUAAUGCGUUUCCGCAGUGCAAUGGGUUGAUUAAGUCACAAUUUUUUGAAUACAAUUUAAAUUAUAAUUAAAUUGAAUUUUAUUCAAAAUGAAAAAAAUUUUUUUAAAAAUGUAAAAACGAAAACAAAAAGAAAAAAAAAAACCACAAAACAAAACGUUUUUGUCUGCUAGACUUAAUGAAAAAUUAUCUAUAUUUUAUAGAUAAAUUAUAAAAUAAAGCAAAACAUACAUAUACACACACAUCAUAUAGAAGAGAGUCUGGCGCACUAUAGUUUUGUAUAGAAAAUGAAAUCGAGUUACAUUAAAAUGCAAAAAACAAAAAAUAAAAAUAAAAAAAAUGUCUAAAAAUAGAUAAAUAUGUAUGUGUAUGUAAAAGAAUUCUAAACUUUCCAUGUACACACAAACACAUCCACGCAGGCAAACAGACAUAAAAAUCAACAUAAAUUCAAUUCAAUGAAAUCUUGAAAAACAAAAAACACGCGUAUAAGUAUUUACAUAUAAAUGUAAUAUAAUCGAAUCUCAAGCAUUUUUAUGAAAAUUAUUAUUAUAUAGAAAACAUGUAACUGAUCGAGAUUCUUUUUCUAUAUGUAAAACAAAACGACAAAAAAACAACAACAACAACAACAAAAACUGAGAUUAAUUAGCUAAAC